AUGGCUACAACAGCAGCAAAUACUCAAAGAACAACGAUCGGCUGUGAGGAAUACAGUCUCUACAGCAGUCUGAGUGAGGAUGACCUUAUAAAAAUGGCCAUACAGCAGAGCCUAGGGGAGGAUCCUGUGGGGCAGUUGGCUGCCCAGACUCACCAGAAGUCGAUCGUGGCUGGUCCCAGCGAGCCAGCCGCCCCCAGCCACACCAGCAGCCACAACCCACCCUACCAGAUAUACCCCUGGCAAAGAUUAGCGGCCCAGGCGAGAGGCCGUGCUCAGUCUUCCAGCUCGGGGGCAGCCUGGGGGCUCCGGCGAAGGUACGACGGCAGCCCGUUCAGCACGCCUCAGCCCGUAAAACUUGACCCCUUGGUGGCAGCAAUCAGAGAUGGAGAUGAAAAAGCAGUAUGCGACAUGAUGAAAUCAGGAAAAGACCUUUCUGCACCUAAUAAGGAUGGCUGGAUACCCCUCCAUGAAGCUGCAUACUAUGGCCAAGUGGGUGUCCUGAGCCUGUUGCAAAAAGCUUACCCUGGUACAAUUGACCAGCGCACUCUCAAUGAGGAGACAGCUCUGUACCUGGCCACAAGCCGGGGCAACAUGGACUGUCUGCUCACGCUGCUGCAGGCUGGAGCAGAGCCUGACAUCUCCAACAAGGCCAGAGAAACACCACUCUACAAAGCCUGUGAACGCAAGAAUGCUGAGGCCGCAAGACUGCUAGUGCAGUACAAUGCUGAUACCAACCAUCGUUGUAACAGAGGAUGGACUGCUCUUCAUGAGGCUGUUUCCCGAAAUGACCUGGAGAUUAUUGAUAUUCUUGUGAAAGGAGGUGCCAAGAUUGAGUCUACAAAUGCUUAUGGAAUCACUUCUUUAUUUGUGGCAGCUGAGAGUGGGCAGUUGGAUGCUUUGAGAUACCUGGCAAAAUGUGGUGCUGAUAUAAAUACUCAAGCCUGUGAUAAAGCCUCUGCUCUUUAUGAAGCCUGUAAAAAUGGACAUAGACAUAUUGUGGAGUUUCUCUUGUCCCAAGGAGCAGAUGCCAACAAAGCCAAUAAAGAUGGCCUGUUACCUCUUCACAUAGCAGCCAAAAAAGGCAUUUGCGAGAUUGUCUCCAUGCUGAUCCCCGUAACCAGCCGCACUCGUGUCAAGCGCAGCGGCAUCAGUCCCCUGCACUUAGCAGCUGAACGCAACAAUGAUGACAUCUUGGAAGAGCUGAUCGACGCUGGCUAUGAUGUGAACACUGCCCUUUCCCAGGAACGGUCCUGCCUUUAUGAGGACAGACGUACCACCCCUCUUUAUUUUGCUGUCUUCAACAACAACAUCUACGCCACAGAGCUCUUAUUGCAGGCUGGAGCCAACCCUAACGUUGACCUCAUCAACCCUCUACUUAUCUCCAUUCGCCACGGCUGUCUAAAGACCAUGAAACUGCUUCUUGACCAUGGAGCAAACAUUGAUGCCUAUAUAACAAGCCAUCCCACCACAUUUCCAGCUACCAUCAUGUUUUCAAUGAAGUACCUUUCUGUGCUCAAAUAUCUCCUGGAUCUGGGCUGUGAUGCAGUUUCCUGUUUUGAGUGUCAGUAUGGAAAUGGUCCACAUCCUGUGUUAAAUUACAGAAGGGACAGACUUAACGAUCCUCAGCAGCCCAAACAGCCAACCAUAAUACAGUUCUGUGAGAUGGUGUCUGCUCCAGAGAUGAGUCGAUGGGCUGGGCCGAUUAUCGAUGUUCUCCUGGAUUAUGUGGGUAACGUGCAGCUCUGUUCCCGGCUCAAGGAGCACAUAGACAGCUAUGAGGACUGGUCUGUCAUUAAAGAAAAAGCAGAGCCACCAAGACCUCUUGCCCAUCUUUGCCGCAUCAAGGUUCGAAGCUUGGUUGGAAGAAAUCGCAUUAAACUUAUUGACACCUUGCCUCUCCCAGACAGACUGAUUCGAUACCUACAGCAUGAUUACACGCAGUGACCUUGGGCAAACCAGACACAGAGCA